AUGGGCAAACACAACAACGAGCCGGAGAUGACGCGUCUUGAGGAGCUUGAGCUCCAACGCGGACUCAAAGACCUUGUUCACGGUAGCAAACACCGUCGUUCACCCAUAUCGCUCUCUUUCCUAACGUUUACAGAGUACAUCGACACCCUCUACCCCUCCACCAAUGGCACCGCCAUCCUCAUCGGCCGCCACGCAGCCACCUUUCCCUCGAGUGAGCGCAAGCGCAGCGGACGCGAGGAAUUCAUCAUGAUCCGCGCUAUCGCAUAUCUCGAUGCCGAUAAGACUACGUGGAAGAUGGUUGCGCAGAGCAGCAAGGCGCAAUAUGGCAUCACCUCAGCACUGCAGGAGUUCAGCAAAGAUCUGGAGAGGGCGAUGGCGAACGUGGCGGACAAUGGAAGCAAGAGGAAGAGAAGUGGAUUGUUUGGGGAGGACGACUACUAUGACGAGGAGAGGGAGAAGAGGUUGAGGGAAUGA